AUGGCCGCGAACGGCGUGGAACUGUUUCUGAGCCGUCCCCGAAAAGUUCUAAGGGCCCUGGGAAUAUGGUACCCUUCGAACAGUCCGUCGCCUCUGCAACUCCUGUACACGACACUGAUAGUGCUGACUCAGUACGCUUUCAUACUGUUCGAGUUCAUUUACAUAGCCGGCGUUUGGGGAGACAUCGACUCGAUGUCGGAAGCCUCAUACUUGCUCUUCACGCAGGCCUCAGUUUGCUAUAAAGUCGCCGUGUUCAUUGCACACAAAAGUAACCUGGCCGUGCUGAUCGAAUAUAUGAGAAUGGAGAACUUCGCGCCAAAAACGCGGCAGCACGCGGAGAUACUUGAAAGACUGUCACGAAAAAUCAAAAGGCUGUGCAUGUUUUUCUUGAUUAGCGCGCUUACAACGUGCACGUUGUGGGCGCUAAUGCCGCUGCUGGAUAAUGCUGAGGAUAGAUUCUUCCCGUUCAGGAUUUGGAUGCCCAUCGGACCAGAGAAAUCGCCGCAAUUCGAAAUUGGCUACUUGUAUCAGAUGGCUAGCAUCUACAUCAGUGCCUUCCUGUUCUUCGCCGUGGACAGCGUAACCCUCGGAAUGAUCAUGUUUGGUUGUGCUCAACUCGAGAUCAUUAUCAAUAAGCUAGAGGCGGUGCAAACUGUGCCAUUAUCAUCUGAGUUGAGGGAUGAAGAAAGGAUUUCAAGAACUUUAACCAAUAACAAAAUACUGGUCGAGUGUAUUACGCAACAUCAAACUGUUAUCAGAUUUAUAGAAGUAGUCGAAAAUACAUAUCACGCUAACAUAUUUUUCCAAUUGAGCGGUACGGUGGCUAUCAUCUGCAUAAUUGGUCUACGCAUAACAAUGUCUGAACCAAGCAGCGUGCAGUUCUACUCAAUGCUUAUCUACAUGGUGACCAUGCUCUCGCAGCUCUUCUUGUACUGCUGGUGUGGAAACGAGCUGACCGCAAGCAGUCAAAAACUAAGGGACUUUUUAUACCAAUGUCCGUGGUAUGAACAGGAUAAAACAUUUAAGAAGAUGCUUCUCAUAACAAUGGAAUGCAUGAAGAAACCGAUUAUAUUCAAAGCUGGUCAUUACAUUCCCCUGUCCCGACCAACCUUUGUAUCGAUUUUACGAUCAUCGUAUUCAUACUUCGCUGUCUUAAAUCAGGCACACACC